CAUUCGCGGAGACGAAACGAGAGGGAGGCCUCGAGCUACCUCUGCCUCUGCCUACCAUGGCGGCGCCGCCGGCGAAGCGGGAGCCCCUGCGCGCCAUCAGCUCCAACGCCGGCACGGCCACACCGGCGGUCGAGAGACGGCCUCGCGGGACGGCGGCGGCGUCGAAGGAGAAGGAGAAUGAGGGACCCGAGGUUGGGCGGUGGAAGGAGGGAGGAGAGAAGAAGACACCUCCGGCUCGGGGGAAGGUGGCGGUGACGACUCCGCCGCUGAAGCCGUCGUCGCUGCAGGUUCGCAUGAAGGACGAGGAGGAGAAGGAGAAGGGGGAACCAUUGCCGGCGGUGGCGGGGGUGCCGGUGAGGAUGGGGCCGAGGGGGAGGGAGCUGCUGAUUCCCACCCCGCCGCCGCUGCCGUCGUCGUCGUCGUACGAGGCGUGGGACCUCUCCGACAACGAGGCGGCGCCGGCCUCGUCCUGGGCGACGCUCCCCAACCGCGCCCUCCUCUGCCGCCCCCUCCCGCUCGACGUCGGGCGGUGCACCUGCGUCAUCGCCAGGGAGACGGCCGGCGCCGGCGCCGCCAGAGGCGUGGCGCUCUACUCCCUCUACACCAACGAGGGGCAGGGGCGGCAGGACCGGAAGCUGGCGGUGGCGCGGCACCGCCGGAGGAGAGGGCGGUCGGAGUUCGUGGUGGCGCAGAACCAGGACGGCAUCUUCUGCAGCUCCGACAAGAACUUCCUCGGCACGCUGGCCGCAAACCUCGUCGGAUCGAGGUACCGAAUCUGGGGCCAGGGGAACAGGGUGGAGGAGAUCAAGGCCCAAUCGAAGCGUCUCCUCGGCGUUGUGGCGUUUGCGCCUACUGUUACUACGCUUACAGGGAGCUUCAGGAGCAUGAGGGCUUGGAUUCCCAAGAACCAAUCCAUUCAUCUGAAGAACAGCAAUUCAGCACAGAUUCAGCACAUCAGUGGACUUCCAAAGGAUUGGCAGGAGAAGAAAAUCAAGGCUGACCAGCUCUGCUCAAGAUCUCCUUUCUACAACAAUAUGACAAAGCGGUAUGAACUGGACUUCAGAGAGAGGGCAGGGAGGAUGGGAUACAAGGUGCAGGCAUCAGUGAAGAACUUCCAGAUGACUUUGGAGGAAAACGGAAAGCAGACAGUCUUGCAGCUUGGUAGGAUUGGGAAGAACAGGUACAUAAUGGACUUCAGGUAUCCAUUGACUGGCUACCAGGCGUUCUGCAUUUGCCUGGCAUCAAUCGACUCCAAGCUAUGCUGCACCCUAUGAGAUGAUGCUAUGGAAAUGUGAGCGAGACCUCAUCUGAAUUUAUGGAAUUUCGCAGGAAUUUUACAUGGUUUGAAAUAGUUUCUGUAGAAAUCCUGUGCAAUUCCUACGUUCCGAAGAAGUCCUUAGUUGUUUUAGAGUAUUUAGCGAUUUUUGUUUAACCAAUUAUCGCAUCUUCUCGCCUUGAGAAGGGGCUAAUAAUGCAACAUAGCAAUCUGUUCUUGACGCACCAGUGUUUGAAUCCAUUAUCAGGAUGUGAUAUUACCCGAAACUGUGGCGUACCAAACGUUUCAUUUUUUAAAAUAGUUUUCAAACCGGUUCA